CUUUCUGCAUAUUUUCUAACCUUCAACUUUUUCUUUCUCCCAGACAAACGGACCUUAGAGCACUAAUGGAGGAAGGGAAAAUAUAGAGCAUGGGCGCAUGGCUACCGUCUACUUGUUUCUGCACAGACCUUAUCAUUAUCAAAUGCUACGCACAAGACAAGCAAGAAAUAAAAAUGAGUGCCUACAAUACAUUGGAGCAUAUUCUAAGGGAAGUACUUGAAGUGCUCAAGACUCUGCAGGAGGAUUGGGUGACAAGGUCUCAAUUCAUUAAGGAAUUGCGAGGGGUUGUUGAAUCUGUGGAAAGUUUGAGAGGUGCAGCAGUGGAACCGUUUGGGUCAUUUGUGUCUAAUCUCUUCACAAGAUGGAGUGACAUGGAUAUUUCUAUCAAUUUACCCAAGGGUGGAUAUAUUUCAUAUGUUGAAAAUGACCACAAACAAAGCUUAUCAAAAAAAGAAAAAAAAGAAGAAAAAGACUGCAAAAUUUUUUUACUGGAAGAUUUACAAAAAGCUAUGCUGGGAGGUCGAUGGCAGAUGGUGCAAUUAAUCCGUGGGAGCGUUCCAAUUCUAAAAUGCAAGAGUAGCCACUAUGGCUUCUCUUGUGAUAUAUCAAUCGAUAACCUAGAGAGCCAAAUGAAGUCAAAACUCUUGUUGUGGAUCAGUGAGAUAGAUGGGCGCUUUCGUGACAUGGUUUUACUAGUCAAGGAAUGGGCAAAAGCACAUGAGAUAAAUGAUGCGACUCCAAUAAGUGGGACUUUCAAUUCAUACUCUCUUUGUUUGCUUGUGAUCUUCCAUUUUCAGACAUGUGAGCCUGCGAUUUUACCACCUCUUAAAGAUAUAUAUGAUGGAAAUGUUGCUGAUGAUCUUCGAGGCGAGAGAACUGUUGCAGAGAGACAUAUGGAAGAAGCAUGUGCUGCUAAUAUAAGAAGGUUCAGACAAGUCAGAUGAGUUAAUCAUAGUUCUUUGUCUGAACUUUUCAUUUCAUUCCUUGAAAAGGUGAUAAUUUCUGUCAUGCUUUCUACCUUAAUGAAGAAUCUUGGUUGUAGACAUUUAUAUGGUUUGAGAUAUAUUUGAUUAACCGUAUAUAUCUAGAGUAUAAAUUCAUUUUAAAAUGCUGAUUAUGUGUUUCGGGCAACACGCCUUAUUGGAUUGGGUUUCUUAUGUAGUUGGAAUAAUUUAGGAUUUCAUUUUAGUUUGAGUUCAAAUAGGAAUGUUAAAUGACUGAUUGUCCCAAAAGCUUAAGCUAUUGGGAUAUGGUAAAUUUAAUCAUUUAACCACACAAUUCUAACAAGGGAUUAGUAUUUUAGAUUGUGAUCUGUUGAGUUUUAUGGACAUGAUCUUUUAUUCCUGGAAGCUCUAUAAAAAGGGGUUUUUAAAAAAAAUAACUAUAAAACACAUACUAUAUUAUAAGUUAGCCAACGUUUCAAACUUAUUGCAUUUCUAACAAUUCGAGUCUAGUGGAGUCGAUUUGCCCAGAAAGUUGGCGUUAGGAAAUUGAGUUUAUUGAACUCGUUAGGAAAUUGAGUUUACUGAACUCGAUUUCUAUACAUAGAAAUCGAGUUCAGUAAACUCAAUUUCUAUGUAUAGAAACCGAGUUUAACAAACUCGUUUUGUGUACAUAGAAAUCGAGUUUAAUAAACUCGAUUUCUAUGUGUAAAAACCAAUAAAUAAAACUAAGAAUCUGCUCAUCAUUUCUGCUCAGAAAAUCUCAACUCAAUUCACAUUACACCCAAAAAAAAAAAAAAAAA